UCUGCCUCCGUCUGCAGCCCUGGGGCCCCUCAGACACGAGUGGAAUGUGUGUCCCAGGCUCUCAGUUUCACUACCUCCAGUGGGGGAGGGAACCCUCACAGGCUCCAAGGAGUGCAGCCUGACUCCUGGGCACUGACCAGACCACACACACACGUCUCAAUGUGGUCACACAGAUGUGUGCCUACUCCCACAGGCGGUGGGACCCACAUGCGCGUGGCCACGGGCACGCCUCACAUCCAAACCUCCGUCCAUCCACCUGCUCAGGGGAGAUGCAAGAAGCCCAGAGCCGCUCCUGGUGCACAGGUGGGGUCGCCCCCACCCCAGCUCUACAGGCUCUGGCUCCCUCCACCUGGAAGCCCUCCCUCACCCCCUGCCUGCAGAAUUUAGCCCAGCUCUGCACCAGCACCUCCUCCAUGCAGCCCACCUUGUGGUAAAGCUACUGCACAUGGACAUGCCUCCGUGCCACACCUACAGUCUCCGGGAAAUGUUCGAGGGAUACAAGCACAGCAGGAGAUCAGAGGUCACUGGGCAGAGCACACCAACGGCGAGUGCACCCCUGUGAGUUCUCUCAGUGCUGGGCCAAGGGAUGGGCCCGGCUGAGCAAGCCCUGGGGACUCAGCCUGGGGAAGGGGUCACCCCUCCACCGCUGGCCUCCGCCCCUGAGUGUUAGACCCACGGACAAGGCUCCAUGGACCAGCCGGGGGCCUCCUGCUCCAGCUCGGAGCCCUGCGCCACCGUGGCCCGCGAGCUGCUCCUGGCAGCCCUGGAGGAUCUGAGCCAGGAGCAGCUGAAGCGCUUCCGCCACAAGCUGCGGGACGCGCGCACGGGCAGCCGCAGUAUCCCGUGGGGGCGCCUGGAGCUCGCGGACGCCCUGGAGCUCGCCGAGCAGCUGGUCCAUUUCUACGGGCCGGAGCCCGCGCUGGACGUGGCCCGCGCAACCCUGAAGAGGGCGGAUGUGCGCGACGUGGCUGCGCGGCUCAAGGAGCAGCGGCUGCAGCGGCUCGGCACCAGCUCCUCAGCGCAGCUCUCCAUGGCCGAGUACGCGAAGAAGUACCGCGAGCACGUGCUGCGGCAGCACGCCAAGGUGAGGGAGCGGAACGCGCGCUCCGUGAGGCUGGAUCGGCGCUUCACCAAGCUGCUUAUCGCGCCCGAGGCCCGCGGGGACCCGGCGCCUGAGGCCGCGCAGGAGUCGCAGGAAGGGCGCGCGCGGCGCUCGGACACCCGCACCUUCAACCGGCUCUUCGGCCGCGACGACGAGGGCCAGCGGCCGCUGACCGUGGUGCUGCAGGGCCCGGCGGGCAUCGGCAAGACCAUGGCGGCCAGAAAGAUCCUGUACGACUGGGCUGCCGGCAAGCUGUACCAGGGCCAGGUGGACUUCGCCUUUUUCGUGCCGUGCCGAGAGCUGCUGGGGCGGCCGGACGAGCGCAGCCUGGCCGACCUGAUACUGGACCAGUGUCCGGACCGCGGCGCACCGCUGCCGCAAAUGCUGGCGCAGCCACAGCGGCUGCUCUUCAUCCUGGACGGCGCGGACGAGCUGCCCGCGGCCCCGGGCGGCCUCGAGGCCGCGCCCUGCACGGACCCCUUCGAGGCGGCGAGCGGCGCGCGCGUGCUGGGCGGGCUGCUGAGCAAGGCGCUGCUGCCCCCGGCCCGCCUGCUGGUGACCGCGCGCGCCGCCGCCCCUGCCAGGCUGCAGGGCCGCCUGCGCUCGCCGCAGUGCGCCGAGGUGUGCGGCUUUGGCGACCGCGACAAGAAGAAGUAUUUCUACAGGUACUUCGGGGACGAGCGGAGCGCUAGGCGCGCCUACCGCCUGGCCAAGGAGAACGAGACGCUGUUCGCGCUCUGUUUCGUGCCCUUCGUGUGCUGGAUAGUGUGCACCGUGCUGCGCCGCCAGCUCGACCUGGGCCGCGACCCGGCUCACGCCCUCAGGACCACCACAUCCGUGUACCUGCUCUUCGCCACCAGCCUGCUGAGCGGCGCCGACGGGCCCCGGAUGCAGGCGGAGCUCCGCAAGUUGUGCCGGCUGGCCCGCGAGGGCACGCUCGGGCGCCGGGCGAGCUUCACCGACAAGGACCUGGAGCGCCUGCAGCUCCGCGGCUCCCACGUCCAGAGCCUGUUCCUCAGCAAGAAGGAGAUGCCAGGCGUGCUGGACACGGAGGUCACCUACCACUUCGCGGACCUGAGCUUCCAGGAGUUCUUCGCGGCGCUGUCCUACCUGCUGGAGGACGAGGGGUCCCCUGGGGCCGCGGCUGGAGGCGUAGGGACCCUGCUGCGUGCAGACCCGGAGCUUCACAGCGACCUGGCGCUCACCAGGCGCUUUCUCUUUGGGCUGCUGAGCGCGGAGCGCACGCGGGACGUGGAGCACCACUUCGGCUGCGCCAUCUCAGAGCGCGUGAAGCAGGAUGCCCUGCGCUGGGUGCAGGACCAGGACCAGGGCCAGGGCCAGGGCCGCCCGGGCAAGGCGCGAGAAGACGCGGAAGAGCCGGAGGACGACGACAACGAGGACAUCAACUACCCGCUGGAGCUGCUGUACUGCCUGUAUGAGACACAGGAGGAGGCGUUCGUGCGCCAGGCCCUGCAGGGCCUCCCCGAGCUGGUGCUGGAGCAAGUGCGCUUCAGUCGCACAGACCUGGCGGUUCUGAGCUACUGUGUGAGCUGCUGCCCAGCCGGUCAGGCGCUUCGGCUGGUCAGCUUCGGGCUGGAAACAGCACAGGAGAGGAAGAAGAAGAAGCGGAGCCUGAUGAAGCGGCUGCAGGGCUCUGGAGCCGCCGCAAAACAACUGCCAGCCUCCCCGCUCCAUCCGCUCUGCAAGGCCAUGAGUGACCAACAGUGUGGCCUCAGCAGCCUGACGCUGUCCCACGGCAAACUCUCCGAUGCUGUCUGCCGAGACCUCUCGGAGGCCCUGAAGGCAGCCCCUGCCCUGACGGAGCUGAGUCUCCAUCACAUCAGCCUCAGCGAGGCCGGCCUGCGGGUGCUGAGCCAGGGACUGGCCUGGCCCCAGUGCCGCCUACACAGGCUCAGUCUGGCCUCUGUGGAGCUGAGUGGGCAGUCUCUGCAAGAGCUGCGGGCUGUGAAGACAGCGAAGCCAGAUCUGGUCAUCAUCCACCCAGCACUGGACGCUGACGCCGAGCCCCUCCGGAAUGCAGCAGUGCCCUCUAAAGCCUGGAGGCCAGAGCAGGUGGAGGACCCUGUGGCCAGUGUACCCAGCCGGGGAGGGAACAAUGCUUUCAGCCUCCAGCCAAUUCGUGUGAACCAAGAGGCCCUGGACGGCUCUGGACGUCACCGACCCAACUCCUUGAGUUCUUCCCCAGGACCUAGGCUGCUCCUCCCACCUGCGUGCCCUGGGCCCCCCGGCUGCACCCCCAGACAUGCCCAGAAGCCCUGCUAAUCUCACACCUGGUGCGGGUCAGCAGAGUGUGCAGGCCCACAAGCCGGCCCUGUGGGCAGAGACUGGGCCCUCCUCACCUCUGCCUGUUGGGCUGGCUCUGGCCAUCCCUGAGGCUCUAUGGCCUGCCCUUGGG